UAUCCUGCCAUCUCCUUUAUCUUUUCCUGAAAGAAAAUCCAGGUGGCGAUCAUCCGUAGCCGCCGCAGCAGCAACUUUGCUAUAGAGACGCAGUACUAGAUUCUUAAACCCUCUCAAAAACCUCAUUCUUCGAUAAUUUGCUCACAUUCUCACUAUUUUUUGAUCAAAGAUGGCUCUCGGACGAUUACGGACGAUUCGUGGUCUAUAUCGAACAUUGGAAAUUCGUGACAUUUCUCAUUUGCUUGGAAGCUCAAGAAGCUAUUCAAAUUAUAUUGCAAAUUUUUCCCAAAUUAGUCGCCGCAGCAUUUCUUCUUGCUUCUACAAUGGCCCCAAUGCUCAUCUAUGGACAUCUGGAAGUAAAAUGAGACUUCGCUCUACAGUGGUUGCUGAGUUGUCAAUCUUCUUAAAUGAGUCAAGGUUGAUAACAACAAAAGCAAAAGGCGCUUCCCAAGCACGACAAAUGGGGUCUGUCAAAGUGUCCAUGUAUAGUCCUGGAUUCGUCUAUGAACCAUAUGCACCUCGUGAACCAAUCCCUUUCUGGCGCAGAUUGUUCACAAGAACUGGUUGGAGAAGGACAAAAGAUGAUGUCAUUCUAGAGCUCAAAAGUGCCUAUGCCAUUGCUAAAUUACGGAAAUCCGGAUAUUCAAAACAGAUUUUCUACAAAGAAGCCUUAGAAUUAUACAGAGAGAUAAACACUCUGAUUGCGAAUGGUAACAAAACAUCAUUGAGGAAAGCAGUUACAGAGAAAAUGUACUCGGCCCUAAAGAAUGAAAUCAAGCAAAGAGAAUCUAAAUGGAGUGUGGUUUACUGGGAGCUAGUAGAACCAGUUGUUAAAAUACGCACUUUGCGAGCUCGACUGGCAAGUGUUGACCGCGAUGACCUCAGCAAGGUUUUCAUACAGCUUACACUAGAGUUUCUGACUAAGCAGAAGUUUGAGGCGUAUGAUUUAAAAGGUGCUGUUGCUUCUGGAAAUAAAGAUAAGGAGGUCCUUGUCCGUGAUAUAUGGGUGUUUGAGAAAUCUCUCUUCCACCCUGGUGCAUACUGGCGGCUUUGUGGACGAAUUUCACUAUAGGCAGGCUAUCCCUGACCUACAUACAAUCCCAAUCCCCUGUUGUUGACGAUAAUUACAUGAUCUUCUCAAAACUUGUAUAACAAAGACAUUGCGACUAUCAGUUUUUUCUUUUCUUUUCUUUUUUUUAAUUUUUUCUUGUUUAACGAUCAUUUCGUGACCUGAAUUCUCUGAUAAAUAAUAAAAAGACCCGCAUUUUAUUAUUGUGUUA